AUGCCCGCUAUUGUUUUCGACUACAACUUUGUGUGCUUGUGGGACGGCCUGUCAGCAGAGCUGCAGGACGAGAUCAUUGGCUACCUCUCCCUCAGGGAGCUGCAUCUCUUGUGUCAGUCUGAAGACCGAGAGAACCUGGCUCGCGAUCACCUGUUUCGCCGAGUUCAAGCUUACCUUGGGGAGUGGGGCCUUGAAAUCAAGUCUACUCUGUCAGUUAUGGGCGCCACCAAUACUGUUCUGUCCGGUUCAGUUGGAACUGCCGUUGUCCAAGGUGAUUUGGACUGGCAUCCCAAUGACCUUGACUUUUACACAGUACGCGAGGGGCUCGAAUCGUUCUGCGAACACCUGCAGGAGCAAGGAUACAAGCAACAUCUGAUGAAGGAGAAGGACUAUGGAGAAAUGCGUGAAGAUGGUCAAGAGGGAGUGGGCUUAGACUUCCUGGGGUUCCGGAGAUACGUCCAUGGGGGCUUGGACCGCGUGUUGACGUUCAGAAACGAGAAUGCGAAGAAGAUCAAUGUUGUCGUCUCUUGUUCUGCUUCGCCCUUCGUACCUAUCCUAUACUUUCAUAGUACAGUCGUAAUGAACGUCAUUACGGCUGAUGGAGUAGGCUGCUUUUAUCCGGACACGAUACGUUCGCGAAUAGGAAUUGUUAACACCGGAAUGGCCGUCAGCGGUCAGCCGACAAUGUUUGAGCGCAGGGAGAAGGCGCUUAACAAAUACAGAGACCGAGGAUACUACUUUAUCAAUGCCUGUGACGACGUCAGCGCCAAGAUUCGCCAUCUUACGCAGGAGGAUGUCUUAUCCCACCGCUCGCGCAAACUUGGCCCUCAGAUGGAGCUCCCUCCAUGGCAGACGCAGUAUAGGCUUCGAGUCGAAGCCCCCGGUUGGGGCAAUGACUUGGACCACGAUUUAUCCAUCGGUUCAAAGAUUCAUCAAGUCCUCAAGAGGGCAAAGAAGAACAUGCUGGUCACAGGCUCGCCGUACCCAUGUCGAUCGCUUUUUCUGUCUUGGUUUAUCUAUGGAAGGCGAGGUGUACUGCGAACCCCCGAGCAGAUUUCCUGGAGAUUGAGCAUGAUUACAGGCAAAGGCAUCGUCUGGAAGAAGUGGACCUCGAAUGAGAGACCCGUUGAAGACAUGCACCUGGAUGCGGUCGUUGUUUGCACUACCUUGACCAUGGGCUACGCCGUCCCAGCUACUCCAGAGGUCUCCGCCAUUCGCUUGAGUUCCAAUCCCAACCUGGUCGUUCCAUUCAGUUGGUCGAUCAGUCCUAACCUCAGGUGUUGGAGAAUCCACAUUGAAAGCCCGUGGCUUCUCAAUACUCGUACUCGUUUGGCCUUGUUCAUUGACGAUGUGGCCGUGAUGCAUGUGGGGUUGAACUUGUGUGUUUAUCAGGUGCCAUGUGUCGAGGGCACUCCGAGGCACAGCGGGUACUAUUUCAACGUCUUCCAUGCAUUUGGCGACAACCUUCGGCAGGAAUUGCAAAAAAAGCCUGCAUGUUCCACAACCCUGACAAUUGUUCAGACUUUGCAGCCGUACUCCAAGGCGAGUGAUAAGGUCUUUGCAUUGGUUUACGAGUUGUCGCUUCCUGUCCAUGGGUUAGGUCUUGCGGACGACGGUAAUGUGGCCCCUCAAUCAAGGCCGAUGGCCCAUGGCACAGCGUUUUCAGUUCAGGGAGACAGUUCUUCCUCUCGACCAGACUCUGGGAGAGAGACUGGGGCACCUCGGUUUCCGCCACAUGAAAAACUUCGAUUAUCCUAUUUAAUGGCGAGUCCAAUGACGUAG